AUGGCGGACGGUGCUUUAAGCUUUCUUAUUGACAAGUUACAGUCCUUGAUUGUUGAAGAAGCAAGAUUGUUGAGUGGGGUUGGGAGAGGCAUCAAAUACAUAAAAGAAGAACUUGAAAGCGUGGAGUCCUUCUUACAGGAUGCAUCAGAGGUGGGGGGAGACUGCCACAAGGUAGUGAAUGCUUGGGUAAGUCAAGUGAGAGAGUUGGCGUACGACAUUGAAGAUGUCCUGGACGAAUUCAAUCAUCGAAAAUUACAGGUUCAGAAUCAUAAAUUCAUCUGCUUUAUUCGUAAAUCUGUUUGCCUUUUCAUGGAACUGAGUCAACGCCAUGAAUUUGGCACAAAAAUAGAAGAAUUUAAAGUGAGGAUCCGUGAAAUAAAGGAGAGAAGUGAAAGGUAUCAAUUAAGAAGUUCAAUCCAAGGGUCGAGUUCCAAUGUCUCUAGGAACCAUACAAGAACUGACUUUCGAGUAGCUUCUCUUUACAUGGAAGAGGAUCAAAUUGUGGGCAUAGGCAAGCCGAGAGACGAAUUGGUGCGUUGGUUGGUCGAAGGAGAAUCACGGCGUCUGGUAUUUGCUGUGGUUGGCAUGGGCGGACUGGGCAAGACGACGCUCGUCAAGAAGGUAUUCGAUGAUGAGAAGGUGACUACCCACUUCGAAUUCCGCGCUUGGGUAACUGUAUCCAAGUCUUUUGCAGUCCAAGAUCUAUUAAGGGCCAUGCUGAAGCAAUUUUGUGAAGCAAGAAAGGAGUCACAGAUCGACAGAAUGGACACAAUGGAGCAAAUCGAUUUGAUUGACAAGGCAAGGGAGUUCUUAAGGCACAAGAAGUUUGUAGUCAUCUUUGAUGAUGUUUGGAACAUGGAUCCAUGGAACUCCAUACAGCACGCUUUGCCUUGUAAUAACUGUGGUAGUAGAAUCAUGCUUACAACACGAAACCAUGAGGUAGCUUCUUACUGUGUAGAAUCACUUAGUCAUGUUUAUAACCUGAAACCACUACCAUUUGGAGAUUCCUGGAAGCUUUUCUGCAUGAAAGCUUUUAGGGAGCAUAACUGUCCUCUUGGGCUAGAGGAGUUGUCUCAUAAGAUUGUAAAGAGAUGUGAAGGGAUGCCUCUUGCAAUUGUAACUAUAGGUGGGCUUUUCUCAAGGAAAACCCAAAGUGCUUUUGAAUUGCAGAAAUUGCAUGAUAGUAUUGGUCAUGAGCUAGAAACUAAUAUCAUGCUCACACCCAUGACAAGAAUUUUGUCUUUGAGUUAUAAUGAUCUGCCAUUCCACCUGAAAUCUUGUUUCUUAUAUUUGGGUAUUUUUCCUGAAAACUAUAUCAUCAAAUGUGGGAGACUCAUCCGGUUAUGGAUAGCUGAAGGAUUUGUCAAGGAAGCAAGAGGUAAAAGUUUAGAAGAUGUUGCUGAGUCGUAUCUCAGGGAACUCAUCCAGAGGAACAUGCUUCAGGCCAUGGAAUUGUAUCAUGAUGGCCGGGUAAGAAGCUGCCGUGUCCAUGAUCUCUUGCGUGAGAUCAGUAUCUCAAAGUCUGAAGAGGAGAGGUUUUGUAAAGUUACCAUCAAGCAGGAUUUAUAUUUUGUUCAUCAGAGCCCCCGCCGAGUAUCGGUUCACCAUAGCUGUGGUGAUGUUUCCAAUUGGAAAAAAACAGAUGUCUCCCAUCUUCGAUCUCUUUUCAUGUUCGGGGUAGAAAAUCUGAAGAAGGGGAACUGUGUGCACAGGCUUCUGGGUGACCUCAAACUACUAAAAGUACUGGAUUUACAGGAUGCUCCUUUGGAAAGUUUUCCCGAUGAAAUUGUAAGUCUCUUUCAUUUGAGGUAUUUGAGUUUGAAGAACACAAAGAUCAGAGUGCUUCCUAACUCCUUGAGUAACUUAAGAAAUCUUUUAGUAUUGGACCUUAGAAAUACAUUUGUGAAUAAGCUGCCUGUACAUACAGUAAAGCUUCGACACCUGCGGCACCUUUUUGCUUAUUCCUUUCACAGAAUUGGGUUGCAGGGGGUGAUGAUGAACAAGGGGAUAGGGCAGCUAACAGCUCUGCAAAAGCUAGAAGUAAUUGAAGCAGAUGAAGAUGGAACUCGCAUAGUUAGAGAGUUGGGAAACUUGACCAAACUAAGAAAUUUAGGCAUUACAAAGCUAAGAAGACAGCAUGGAAAAGGUUUAUGUGCCUCCCUCGAAAAGAUGAAUGAUCUCCGGACCCUGCGUGCAAUUUCCAUACACGAGGAUGAGCUUCUUGAUUUGCAUUCCAUGUCCUCUCCUCCUUUGAUGCUUCAGCUUUUGUGGUUAGUAGGGCGCCUAGAGAGAUUGCCGAGCUGGAUUACUUCACUCCAUAGCCUAGUCUACAUAGGUUUGCAGUCUUCAAUGUUAAGAGAUGACCCCAUUAGAGUGCUUCAGACAAUGCCUAAUCUAAUGAAGCUCUUUCUCAGUCGAACAUCUGAUGCAGAAGAUCUGUAUUUUGAGGCAAAUGGAUUUAGAAAACUGAAGGAACUAGACAUCUGCAACUUUGACAGAUUGAAUUCUGUGACGGUAGCGAAAGGUGCAAUGCCUGUUCUUGAAGAGCUAGUAAUUCGGUCAUGUGGGCAAUUGAAGAUUCUGCCUUCAGGAAUCGAACAUCUCACAAAUCUAAAGGAUCUUAAUUUGAUCGACAUGCCGGAACAGUUGGAGAGGAUGAUUCUCUGUCCAAAUGAUGUUGAACAUGAGCAUAAGCGAGUGAAGCAUAUACCCAACAUUUAUUUUACUGCACUUUGCGAAGGACGUAGGGUUACUUACACAAACGAAGAGUUCAGAAGAACUAUGGACCAAUUUCUGGUGGAAAGUAACAUCAAUGCCUCAAUUUCAUGCAAGCAUCUAUUUCGUAUAACUCGGCAAACACUACUCAAUGACCAAUGCAAUUGGUUCUGUGAUUGUCCAAAAGGGAUGGAGGGUACUAGAUCACACAAGAUUAGUGUCUCAACAAUACCACGGUAGACAAAGCUUUCAAACUACGGAAUGAUCAUGUACAGGCUCUCGCAUAUACCUAGUAGAAUUACCAGGUCGUUUGAUUCGAUCUCUCCAUGGCCAGAUCUUUUUGUUUCCUUUUAAUUCUUUUA